CUUCUUCUGCGGGUGGAACAUAGGUCACCGAGAGGGGAGACAUUUUUGUUAGCCUCUCAGGGAAAUAAACUCCUACCGUCAAUUUGGGACAAUUCCUUUGUCUUCCCAGUUGUAAUUUGACGCAUGGUAGUUAAGAUCCAGAGACAUGUGGUAUGAGAUCCUGCCCGGCCUGGGCGUCAUGGCCGUGUGUCUCAUGAUGCCCGGCAUCGCCACCGCGCAGAUCCAGAAGUUCACCAACGGGGGGAAGGAGAAGAGGACUGCUCGUGUUCCGUGGCAGUGGUAUCUGAUGGAGAGAGACAGGCGAGUGGCAGGAACAGGACGCUACUUCGACUCCAAGGGACUCGAGAACAUCAAGUGAUGAUAAGGAUCAUGGAGACCCCGAUGAGAAGAAAGUUAAUUGUACAUUAAAAUGAUAUUUAACAGUAAUUUGUUUUUGGAGUCUGUUUAAAGCAGUUGUCCCUACAACCAAUUAAACUUUUCCACACUGGAAACCUUUUAAAA